UGAAAGAUUUAUAUGAUUUGAGUGACCAUACAUGUAAUUUAGCAAUAGAAAAAUUAAUCAAAAGGGAGAGAAACACAGAAAAUUAAUUAAAGAGAUGGUAGUUGGGUGAAGUGGUUGAAGAGAUGUGUGUAUUGUGUGGUCUUCGAUUUACCUAUAAGAAGAGAAGACAAGGUAAGAAUAGGGGGGGCGGCCCCAAAAAUCCCUCUACAGAUUAUCACUCCCAAACCACACAAUCAAUUCUUGCACUUCUCUUCAGCCAACACACAAAAAGUCAGCAAUCCAAUUCCAAACACCCUUCCACCGAAUGAAAAACUGAACAGAAUCACAUCACUCCCACACCUCUUCUGCAAAUUAGAAAAAUAAAAACUCACCAGUCGCCGUCUGCCACCACCGUGCCGUCAUCGUCAUCAUCACCGUCGCCGAACCACCGCCUAGCAUCCCGCGACCUGCUUCACUCGGGACCUCCGCCGCUCCUCGCCACCGUCGCGCCAGACCGCCAUCACCACCAGUCACCUCCCACCAUCAAGCCUCACAUCUCCAUCGUCGUCAAUCAUCACCGCCAUCCUCGAUCAUCGCUGACGUACCCACUGCAUCCUCCGCCAGCCACAGCACCGCCCGUCUCCGUCGACGAUCCAGGGCGCCGUCAACCGUUCCCCUUGCACGUCGUGAGACUGAGAAGAGAGGAAGAAGUAAAGUUGAAAGAAGAAAGGAAGAACAAGGAGAGGGACGGCCGCUCUUUGUUUCGGAUAAGAGGAGAGAACCUAUCGGAAGAGGCUUUGAGCCUCUCUGUUGUUGAGCUUGUUCUGAAUGGUUACUGGAACUGGAGUAUCUCCGUGAUUUCCUCCCCGAGGAGAUUGUUUCUCAGAUCCUACUGCAUCCGACACCCCAGGGUAGUGAGAUGGAUGCGCCAAGCUGGCGGCUUACUCCAUCAGGGGACUUUUCGAUCAAAUCUGCCUACCAGCUGCUUCUUUCAGAAGGCACAGAUGGUGGCGACACUCAUCUGGUGUGGACGGCUGCCUGGUGCACACCAAGUCUGCAGCGCACGAAGACACUUCUCUGGCUGGUUUUACAUGGCUGCUUCCUCACUAAUGGGGAGUGUCACCGCCGUCAUUUA